AUGACCGACACGGACAGUCAAUACACCUCAUUGGUGAGUAAGUUUAUUAAAUAUUUUUAUUUAUAUAUUUUGUGAUUUUAUUAAUAUUUAUAUUUUAUUAAAGCUACUUGGCCGUGCCACGUACGUAAUUAUUAAUAGCCGUUUUCACAUUAGAAGACGGACAAGUCGUCUAGAGAUGUGAAAACAUCAUCAUCAGAUGUGAAAACGUGUCGUACAAAAUUAUAGACGAACAAGUCGUCUGAAUUUGUUCGACUACUUGUCCGUCUGUGAAGACGAUUUUUGAGAGACGAUUUGUUCGUCUAGACGACUUGUCCGUCUCUAAUGUGAAUAGGGCUAAUCUAUCAGCGUACUUUUAUUUGCAACAUUCUUGAACAUUGAUAUAUAAUGUUACUCUCUGGUCCAAACUUAUAUUUCAGCAAUACAUUUUGAUACACUAGAUGCUGUAUGGAGUCUUCAUUUCGUUAUACUUUGUUUACAUAUUUUUCACUUACAGCAUGAUCUGUGUAUAUAAAUAUUAUAAAGCGCUCUCUCUCAACGAGUGAAAUUGUCUGGCAUUAGCCAGAGAAAGAUAAUAAAGUAAGACAAAUCAGAGUGCACCUUAAUGGGUUAAUUAACUAGACACAUUGGCAUUAUAUAUUUGCUGAUCAACCUAUUGAGUGCCAGCACUCUUUCCUUGAGUCCUUGUAAAUAAUUCAGUACAGUUCUUAAUAUUAUUCUUUAUGGAAUUUUUUUCUAUUUUCAAAAUCAUGAACAGUCUCUCAAAUUGAUCAAAAUAUAUUGUUGUUAGAUUGUACGAUAUAUAUAUAUAUAUAAACAAUUAUGUAUAUAAACAAUGUAUAUAUUUAUUAUAUUUAGGGAUGGGCCGAUAUCGAUACCAAAUACUCGAUACAUCGAUACCAGGGUUUUGAAGAAAAGUAUCGAUACUGGCAAGAAAUAUCGAUUGUUUUGAUACUUCUGAGCCUGCGAUAUUUUUUCAUUUUGGUCGGCGGACUCAUCAUGAAAAUUAUACCAGAAAGCCUAAAUAGUCUAAAUAGGUGUAAAUACUAUCAAAGUAGUUCAUUUUCUAUGGUGCUUAAUGGUCCACGGGCAGGAUCAGAGUUUGUGGUUAUGUUAGUUACAAUCAUGAAAAUAAACGUGUUGAAAACAUAUUCAACCAGCAUGAUUUUGGAGUUGAAGAGAUGAAAAUAGUCUCUUGUUGUUGUGGUUGUUCGAGUUGGGAAAAUAUCGAUAUCGAAAAAAAAAUGGCAAAUAUAUACUUUGCAAGGGUAGUAGUGAAGUAGUUGUAGUUUGCUACUUUAGUGAACUACAAUUUUCAAGUAGCCAGUAGUUUUUGAAUACUUUGUUUAAAACAGUAGCUUUAGUUAUAGCAAACUACAUUUUGCCUAAAAGUAGCCAAGUAGUUGACUACUUUUCAAACAGGGAAUUGCUAUUUGCCACUUUUUAAAAUUGUUAGCAACUUGAUAGAAUAGCACAAUAUUGAGACAUGGUUUGCUUAAAAUCAAUACUCAAUAGUCAACUUGCACCCGUGAAUGCUGUAGGGCUUACAAAAAUGUUGCUUUGUGUUUACUGUUAGCUGUUGCUACUUGUAAGUCAAUUUGUUAUAGGUUACAUUACACCUGAGUUAGUAGAUGCUCAAUCCAAAUGCACUAAAACUAAAAAUAUAUAGCAUAGCGAAAUACAGUAGUUUGCUACAUUUUUAAGCAGUAGCUGUAGUCAGUAGCGAACUACCUUUGUUCAAGAGUAGCAAUAGUUGUAGCCGACUAAAUAUUUUUGAAGUAGCUGUAGUUAUAGCGAACUACAAAAAUUUUGUAGUCAACCCACCCUUGAUACUUUGUGAAAUCGACCUAGCCCCAAUAAAUCAGUAUGUAAACGUAGCUUGAAGUAUUAUUUACUGCAAAAAAUGUCUGACAAAAUGUUCAAUCAAAUUCCAUUUUGGUCGGACAUUUGUUCCGGACAAUUGUGACAGUUAUUUCAGGCUCUGUCAACACCAUAUGUCCUGAUAAAUUUCUCUCUCCCGAAAGAAUUAAAUCAGUGUUGGUAUCGAAACAGCACAGCUGUUUUGCUGAAGGAUUCGAUUCUUGUUAAGAAUAAUUGAUUGUCAAAAAGCAGUGUUUCCACAACCCUUGUUGCCCAAGGUUUUUGUAUAUCUUUCGCCGUAAUUUCCCGCUCUAUUUAAUAUGAGCGGGAUUAAGGCGAAAGAUAUACAAGAACCUCUGGCAAACAGGGUAUGUUUCCGCUUAUAAAACUAAAUUCUGAUUUCAAAAGAAAAUGCCCUUAUGCAUGUAAUGUGCAUAAUGGCUGCCUUGAGAGUGCAUGGGGCAAAUUGGCAUCAGGCUAAAGGAACACUAUCAUUACAAUUUUACAAAUAAGUUGUUACAAUCAAAUCAUCUAUCUUUUACUCUGAAUCGCCAAAGUCUCUGGGCACCCCUGAAACUUUGCACUAUCUUUAGGCCCUCUGAUUUUCAAAGUAAUAUUCCGUCCAGGUUUCUGAGUUUACAUUCAUCUUGUAUUGUUUAAUAGGCUGGGUUUGUGUAUAUUUUCAACCUCAUUGUCGGGGCUGGUGCAUUGGCAUUGCCACGGGCAUUCAGUGAAGCAGGAUUACUCUUAUCAGCUGUCAUUGUUGUGAUUCUUGCAUUUUUAAGGUAGAACUUGGCUUGUUUGUGUAAUUAUUAAAUUUGAUGUUUAAUUAAGGAUAAUGGACCAGGGCUGCAAAUAAAUAUUUGACUUGACAGGACAUUUGUCCGAUCACUUUUAAUUUUGGUCGGACAUAACUUGAAUUUGGUUGGACAUAUAUGCCACAGGCCUGCCAAGGUUCCCGCAUUUCGCGUGAAAGUUACGCAUUCUGCUUUUGUUCCCGCUGUACCGCACGCAUAACUAAAAUGAUCUUAAAGUUACGCAUUUUUACCAUUACAUGAUGCUAUCCCACUUUUCAUACAAUAACUCAUUGACACUGAACGCUGUGUGCAAACGUGGAAUUAGAGUUAACCAAUAGACCAACCAAAUAAAUACGUUCAGACGCAUCAUUGGCCUGGGGGUACGCUUUCUGACGAUCUGGAGAUUCCAAAUUUCCAAAAUUUUCUCAAUUUUCCUAGUCACAUUAAACUGUAAGUAACACUGUCAUAUUGAUCAGUAGUUAUUUUACUUAUCUUCAUUGUUAGGCAGUAGUAAAACAUUGAAAUCUUGGGUAGGAAAGAAUCUCAAAAUGCUAUUUUCGACAGUCUAGAGAAUUCAAAUUUUCAAAAUUUUUUGCUUGGCACCAACCAUGAUAGCGCCUCCCGGGCGUCGCAAAAUCAGGUGAAUUGAAACAAUUCAGGCGGUAAAUCUAACCUCUCCCCCCCCAAGGCAAAGUCCUCGCAACGGCCCUGGUCACGCAUUCUUAUCUUCCGAACUUGGCAGGUCUGACGUCACAAGACAUAUAUAAGUCACGAGACAUUAGCAUGUAUAGCCAUUCCGGCGCAACGUUAAGUAAAAUGCUAGAAUGCCCCGUAAAUUUUAUUGCAAAAUGAGUGAAUUUGCAAUCGCAUUUUGUCACAGCAAAAAAAAAUGUAUAAUGUGACAAUAUAUUUUUUUGAUCGGACCAAUGUCCGAUCAAAAUUACUUUUGCUCGGACAUUUGCCAAAUUUAGUCGGACAUUGUCACAACUCACAAACUAUAGCCACCAAAUGUAACAGCAUACUUGUUGACAUAUUGUUUUCUUCAAUUUUCCAUUUUAUUUCCUGUGCUUUUUGUUUUGAUUUAUUUAUUUUAAAUAGUUCUUAAUUAUGCUUGACUCUUCUAAUAUUUUCGAUCUUUAAUCAACCUUCUCUUUACUCUUAUCUCAAAAUUCUACCAGUAAAUCAAAAACUUUGCUGACCAGCCCGUAAAAUAUGUUUUUCAUCUGAUAAAAUGUCUGAUGACUUUUGUUCUGGCCACUAUGGCCCCUUAGGCCCUAGAUACUUUCCUGCCUCGUCCCCAGGCGCUAAUUAAAAAUUUCAUGCAAGUCACUAUAUGAAAGAUUUACAUGCAUCGCGAUGAACAAGCGCACGGGUUUACAACGCUCAUAUCCCACUCCCCUUUGCGCGCCUAGAAUGUGACGCACUACUUCAUGUAAACCUUUCAUAUAGUGACACGCAUGAAAUUUUUUUAUUAGCGCCUGGGGACGAGGCAGGAUACUUUCUAUAGCCUUUAAUAUUAUUCCUUUGCGUUCACUCGUUUUCGCGGUAUUUUUCCGUAAACCGCAUCUCAUUAACGAGCCAGGGGGUAUUUUGACCAGUGUUUUUCUGGCUCGGUUCUCACGCCUCAGUGAGCAUUCUUUUUUUACAAAGCGAAUUUUAGCGAAUAAAAGCAUCAUUUUAAAACUUAUUCGUCUGUGUUAUACUGCUGUUGAAGGGGACAAGGCCUCGCUUAACCCGAAGGAAAAGAAUAACUUUGUCUUUGAGUUUGGGUCGGACAUAUGUAUGAUAAUGUCCGAUGAGCAACAGUUUAGUUUUAUAGCCCGGAAAUAAGUCUGAAUACUUAUUUCCAAGCCAAAAUUAACUUGCAUGCCAUAACAACAGUAAGAUGUCGACACUUUAGUUCGUUUUUCACUUCACAAUUUCGUUCGCCGCCGGCAAGAUUUUGAUUUACGUUGGACAAAGGCGUCAAAGCAACAGUUGGGUUGGACACCAAUUCACUCGGGUCGGACAAACAAUAAAUCUCAGUUUCAUUUAGGUCGGACAGAAUGUCCGUGACCGACCGAUCCUGUUACUGACUAUAUCUUGAAAUACUUUAGCAGUUUUUCUCAUGAAUAUUCAAUUGAGCAUGAACAUUCUACGCAUGUUCAGUUAAGAUAUGAGCUACUCAGCUGCCAGCUUGUGGCCACAAUUUCUGAUCGUGCUGUACAUGAGCAUGUUUCAUUUGACAGUGACAUGCUUACCUGAAAUAGGCAAUUUAGUAGGAAUUGCAUUUUAUAUUUAACUGCAGUGAAACACGCAAUUUGAUUGGUCAAUAGCCGUGCAGGAUCAGGCUAUCCUGCCCUAGCCUCCUGCGCGGGCAUCUCGUGGUUCACUUACUUUACAAAGAAAUUAUAUACGUUCUCGACGAUUAAGAGAUGCUAAUCCUGCCCGAGGAAUUAAAAUGCCUUCGCUGGAUUCUCAAAAUGUCAUUGUUUCAAUGUAGUUAUUUUAUAAAACAAUAACCAAAUGGUUUUCCAAGCAGGAUAGCAUGAUCCUUGCACUUGGGAUGUUGCUCGACUUUUGGAAAGCGUAAAUAUGCACUCGCCUGCGGCUCUAGUAUUUUUACGCUUUCCGAAAGACUCGCGACAUCCCUCAUGCAUGGAUCACGCAAUCCUGCACGGAAAACCAUUCGGUAUUCCUUUAAGGCUAAUUUCCACUCUGGAAAAUUAUCUGUGGAUUGGAACGGACAAGAAAAUUUUUCUUUGUCUUGUGAGCUCUGGGUUGGAACUAAUGACCUUAACACAAAGAAAAAUUAUCUUGUCCGUUCCAGUCCACGAAUAAUUUUCCUGAGUGGAAAUUAGCCUUUAGUGUUGGCUAAUUAUUUUCGGACUAAUAGACUGUACUGAUUAAAUAUUGCACUCUGCCCUACAUGAGUAAGAAUCUGACAGCUUGUCAACAAGAUGUGUUCGCAUUGCUUGUUCCCUGUUGUUGACACGUCUGGAAAGUUGUUAUCAUCUUGUUGCAAUGUUGAUGAAGAAUAGACUUGCGACAAGUUGUUCUAACAAAUCUGAUAUCGUCUGAACAAAACAAGUUGUUAACAAGUUGAUGACAACAAGGUCGUGGCAACUUGUUACAAACAACUUGUUGGAACAACUUGUAGCACGUCUGCAUGCUAGCGUCAUCAACCUUGUAACAGGAUGAUGGUUCCAGACUAGUCACAAGAACUGGUAAGAAAGAGUGUGAACACAUGAUGAUAUCGACUCAACAACAACCUUCUUACAACUUCUUUGCAGAUCUGUAACAACUUGCGCGUUUUUACAGUAUGUGUGUUAGUGUGUAAUGGACUAGUUUCCAUUUGGACUAGCUUCCAUGUGGAUAUUUUCUCAUGUUUUGUGCACAGUAGCUACUGUAGGUUUAAGUUUUGUGGAUCAAAAUCAACGAGGAACAUAUUCAUGGACGAAACUUGGGGAUAUGACCUUUAUGUUUGCCUGCUAUGCUAAAACAGACAAACAUGAAAAUGAGGCCAUUAGGGAAAAAUGCAUGCAAUGUAAACAAUAAAUUCUAGUGUUAACAGGUCCCUCUUCCUCGUCUUAUGUUUGAGAUAGCACUACGACUGGACUGGAUAAAAAUAUAAUUGUUUGUCAAUGUUUUGGAAAUUAUAGUUUUAUGACAUGUUCAUUUAUGGUGGAAUCAAUGGCUAUUGCAAAUGCUAUCUUGCGACAAAAGGCCCACGAUGAAGAAUCUGAG